CAUUGCCGGUGAACUCUCAUUGACAGCUGGUCAUUUCAGAUAAAAAUCGAAUAUUACUUAUAUGUUUGUGACUGUACAUGUAUUAUUAGAUUGAAUGAGAUUCGGACUGGCAUAUAACUAAAAUCAGCAUGGAUGGUUAUAUUACCUGCUGUGCUUUCAUAGUAUUGUACAUUUGUAUGAAUGCUGAAGCCAAACAGUUCACACCAAGUCAAAGGAGUCCUCGAGUAGAAUUUAUUGACGAUCAAGGAAUUUAUACUGAAGCCAGUUACUAUACUUUAACAUUAAAUCUUACAAGCGACGAAUUUGCUUCCCCAUCAAGCUACAGCAGUCUACGUCCAGGGCAAGCGACAUCAACCCAUAGUUGUAACUACAUCAGAGGGGUUCCAGCUUCUCUCCGAAGAUCAUCCAACAUUCAACCAAACGGACUUUCAAAUUUUUAUCAAAAGUACACUGAAGCAUACGGGAUUCCAAUUUUAGCAUCAAGGAAUGUUCCUGAUGACGCAUUGAAACGUGCUUGUUAUAUAACCAGAUUUGUGUUUGCUGAUAACUAUGCUGUGCGUAAUUCCUUUUACAAAAGAUCAGGAAGGACUGCAGUUAUAGGACAACGCGAAGGAACGACCAACAUCCCUGAGCACAGUUUUCUUCCUGCAUGGUGGAAUCAAAGAGCACGCGGAUUAGGAGCUACAGACUAUGCACCAGUUUCCACUGGGGGAGAGGAAAAUCUAUUGUGCUAUCAAAAUGAUCGAUACCGGAGUGAAGACAUAUAUUUACAUGAAUUUUCGCAUGGAGUCCACAAUUUAGGUGCAAAAUAUGCAAUAAGUGGAUGGAAUCAAAGACUUAUAAGUCAAUACACAAACGCUAAACGCAGAGGUCUUUGGACUAGAACCUAUUCCAUGAGUACAGUGGAGGAGUAUUUUGCAGAGGGAGUUCAGAGUUUCUUCAAUGUGAACGACUAUAGCAAUCCACCAAAUGGCAUCCACGGAACCAUUGACACAAGAGAUAAACUAAAAUCAUAUGAUCCUGUCUUGUAUGGACUAAUUGAGGAAGUGUUUCCUUGUAAAAAUACAUAUUUGAAGAGAUGUGACUCAAACAGAGCUUCUGAAGCUACCCAGACAUUCAAAACGAACUGUGACAGUAACGGCGGUGGAACGAGCACCGGUGGAGGGAACGGCAAUGGUGGUGGAACAGGAACCGGUGGAGGGAACGGCAAUGGUGGGGGGACCGGAGGCGGAAACGGUAAUGGUGGUGGCACUGGAGAUUGUUCAGAUAACAAUCAGAGUUGUCAGAGUUGGGCUGCAAGGAAUGAAUGUUCCAGGAAUCCUCGUUAUAUGCUAGUUAAUUGCAAAAAAAGUUGUAAUAAAUGUAGUGGAACUGGGGGCUCACUAUGCGAGGAUAACAACAGAAAUUGCCGGAGCUGGGCAUCCAUCGGUGAAUGCAGUAAUAAUCCUGGAUACAUGCUUCAAAACUGCAAGAAAAGUUGCAACUCGUGUUAGAUUUUCUGUGCACUAUAAAAUAUUUGUCUAAAGCAUUCAAAAUAAAUCCUCCUACUACUUAAA